AUGUGCCGAUUAUUAAUAAAAGGUUACAAUAACGUAACAUUACAGUUAAAAACCACAAAGUUGGAUGGCAGUAUCACUUCGUUAGAGCUGAUGGAGUCUCCAGACCUGCGUGGCAACAAGCGUCUGCUGUUAGCUGGUACCAGGAGUAGUGAGAUAUACGCCAUCAACGUGGCUACCUUCAAUCCCAUCCUUGUCGUCACCUGUCAUCGAUGUGCUAUCAAUGAUAUUGCUUUUCCUCGUGGUAUGUCUGGUGUAUUCGCGACCGCGGGCUCUGGUGACGUGAGGGUGUGGUGCCUGGAGACGUGUCAAGAGCUGCUCAGGAUAGUGGUGCCGAACUUCACCUGCUCCGCUGUACUGUUCUCUGGGGAUGGGAAGUCUAUUGUCUCAGCAUGGAACGACGGCAACAUCCGUGCGUUCACGCCGCUGACGGGCCGUCUGAUAUACGCCAUAUUCAACACGCAUAAUAAAGGCACGUCUGCUCUCGACAUGACCGAUGAUGGGAGGACUCUCAUCUCUGGAGGAUGCGAGGGACAGGUUCGAGUAUGGGAUAUAAAACCGGAGCGGCAAACCCUCAAGAAGGUCCUCAAGGAACACAAGAGCCCCGUGUCGGCGAUACAGGUGUCGCCUAACAAUAAGGAGGCGGUCAGUGCUGGUACUGACGGUUCCUGUAUCAUAUGGGAUCUUGUAUCGUUGUCCCGUCGUCAAGUGAUGUACGCGAACACACUGUUUAUGUGUGUGUGCUUCGAGCCGCAGGGCUGUCAGCUGCUCACUGGCGGCUCCGACAGGAGGGUCGCCUACUGGGAAACUGGCAGUGGCAACCUUGCUAGAGAGUUGGAAGCUAGCAAAAUUGGCGCUGUAAAUGGACUUCACAUCACACGGAAUGGUGAAUUGUUCGUCACAGGAGGCAAUGACCAAAUGGUUAAGCUAUGGAAGUACCAGGAAGGCAUAUACACGCACAUGGGUUUGGGUCACGCGGGCGCCGUGACGUGUUGCCGCUUCAGUCCCGACGCGCGAUACAUCGUCAGUAGCUGCGCCGCCGGCAGUAUCAUCGUGUGGAAAGUGCCUGAGCAAUACAUUCAUAAAGACGCACCACCGCCUCCAAAGACCCCACAGACAGCGCAAUCAUCAGCGAAGAGCUUAAAAGACGAGCUCCAGCUACCUCUGGCUGAGAAAACCUCACAUAAAGCUGCUGGAGACCGACCCUACGUUCCAUCUGCGCCUAAUAAGACGGAGAAGAUUGAAGCGAUGGACACGACGCGCGGCAGCGUGCAUUCUUGUUGCCCGUGCGACACGGGACGCACUGACAACAGCAAGGCUUCAGACAAACCGAAACCAAAACCUACCGGACUCAAGUGCUGUAGACCACCAGAUAAUUUACCUACGCGAACAACAAGUAAAGAGUAUGUGAGCGGCAGUGGAGAUAAGAAAUAAAAACAGUUCAGCUUAAUGUUGUGACUAAGUAUAUAUGAUGUAUACCGAAUUAUUUAUUUAUUAUAACGAUUUCGUAAUUAAACGUAUUUUGGAG